AAGACAAACACCACUUUCUCACCACAAACAUGGGAUCACUGCCACAAUCUGCCAUCCUUGACAUCCUACAGGAGGAGUUCUCCCCUCCCCUCGACAGCUCGCUUGUCGCAGCUAUCAUAGCCGACUAUGUUUCCGGGGAUAGUCCAACACACUCUACCGACCAGAUCCAGACGUGCCGAGAAAUCCUCAGUCAAUUGGCGACCCUCGCGGAGAAGGAGCUCCGGGAUGAAGAUGCACUCUCCGAACAGCUUUCUAAUGUGCAGAUCACAUCCUACUCUACCACAGAUGACACCCAUAGCCUGAGCGGAUCCUUCUCACCGGAUUCAAGCCAAACCAACUCGAGCGGGACAUCUGAUGUCUCAAGCCAACACUCGUUUAGCUCCCCCCUCGGAUUCUUGCAAGCUGCUUUCCCCCACAUAGCCACGCCAAAGCUCAAAAAUGUCUUGAGCUCGCUGGGAGAUGCCGACACCAUUGAUAUGGAAUCAGUUGUUGAGAGCAUACUCAGCAGCGAGUAUGUGCGGGAGCUCGAAGAACGCGGUAUGGACGCCCUGGACGAAGCCGACGGCUUACUGGAUUAUGGACCGGAUUGGUCCUUGGUCGAAGGAAACAAGAAGCCGAGCCCCAAGACUGCGAAGAAGACUAAGAAGCGCGGAACUACAAUCACAUUGGUUGACAUCCGCCAGAAGCAACACGAACGGCCUGCGCUCUCGUCUUCGCGCAUUGCGCCUCCAGACCCAUGGACGCAGCUAUCUUCCGUCGCAUCAUACUUGUCUACCCUGAUACCGACUCACUCCGCCUCGUUUUUCCAGUCCGUGUUCCAUUCCCCCGAACACACUACGCCGGCGAAGGCGCUUCGUGCAGCGUUGCGUUCUGUCGUAGCAUCAGCCCCUGGUACAUCAGUCCUAGGCCCCGAUUCUGAGCUCACACCAGAGGAAGCACCCUCGUUAUUCAGCAUGCUCGAUAUCCUAAGUACAAUACCCGAGUAUGCCAACCUCGACGCGGAACAGCGCGAUCAGCUGACGGCGGACGUGCAGCUUGCUCUGCGCGCGACUCGUAUGCAGCCUGAUAUUGCACUCGACAUUGUGCGGCUGAUCCUCGAUCUCGACAACGACUCCGCCUCGGGCGAACACGAGUGGGGAGUGUAUCACUCUCCGGCGCCUUCGUCUUCUCCCCCUAUGGCCAACGGUCCAAUCAAGGCUGUUACUUUACCCUCUGGCCCACCUCCUGUACCGCCUCCUCCCCGCCCACGUUCACGCUCACCGGCCAACAAGGCCCGGGUGGCGGCGCCGCCCAUGAACGCAUGGAAGACUAUACCGCAGCGGCAGCCAAGCGGCCCGCACCCGCUCGCGGAGUCGAUUCCAGCAUACCGGCGCAAGGUGCGAAGCGGCGGGAACGGGCUGGGAAAAGGCGGCAAGGGCGACGUCGGCGAGCUCGGCGGACGGCUCGUCUCGGGCGUCGGCGGCCACCGUCUCCGCGCGCGAGAGCUGACGGAGAUGAGGAGGGACGCGUUGAGGGAGGCGAGCCGCGCGUGGCAGCGGGGAAACGCCAAGACUAGGGGCGGAGAGGUUGCGUUCUAUUAUGCCGAGAGGGCCAGAGAGCUUCAGCAGCAAGCCAGACAGGAGCAAAUGGAUGCGACGCGAGAAAUGGUGCAGGCAAAACGGUCAUACUCGAUGCAUGGCGAUACCGUUGAUCUGCACGGAGCGACCGUGGUCGAGGGGGUCCAGAUUGUGAAGGACAUACUCCGCGAUGGCAACUACUCUCCUUCGAGGCCGCUUCGUAUCAUCACUGGGCGUGGCACACAUUCCGUCAACGGUGUGGGCGUGCUCGCGCCUGCCGUAAAGAGUGCUCUUCUCGGCGACGGGUGGGCCGUCGGCUCCUUCGAGGGCGGGCUCGUCGUUCAGCUGAUCGUCGACAUCAUAUAUCCAAGGCAGCUCACCCUUCCAGAUCGCGUCCCCAAUUAUUACUCCUAGAGACUAUUUAUUUCUAUUCUGCCCUACAGCCUACAGCUCAUUGUAUUGCGUCUACGUGGAUGUCCCGGACUAUGAGUCAAGCUCAUUGAUGUAGCCAUUUAGAAUCCUGCUGUAUCCGGUAGCCCAUCCCUUCUUACGAGUGGAAGCUGAACGUGC